UGUGGCUUUUCCAGCGCUGGCAUCUCAGUCUUUCUCUCUCUCAGUUCAAACAGCGAAAUGUAUUUUAACUAUAACAAAAAAUACCAAAAGUACUGUAAUUACCAAUAUGACUGGAUAUGGUACAGUACCAAUCAAAUUAUGUCAUUAACAUCUUAUUACAUUACUAAUUAUAUUACAUAUUCGCGACGUGUCUUUAUAUAGCUACCUGUUUUUUUCCGACGGUCGCAUCUUAAUCUUUCUCUCCCUCAGUUCUGCGCGCGGGAAAGCUCUUCCCGCCUCCAGCGCGCGCGUCGAUCUCUGCACCGCUCGGCCCCGCCCCCCUCUGAACUACAUCAGCUGACCCGAACUUCUCUCACCCCAUCAGAAGACACGGAUCAACCUAUAUGAACUCUUCUGCGCUGUCCAUUCAGGGUGCUGUCCCGUCCUCUGCUGGGGGCCUCGGGUGAGCGAGUAAACGGGCGCAUCAGUGAUUUCAUUUGAGUCCAAGCCUAGCUGCAGUUCAUGCUGGAGUAAGACUGAAUUCUUUGUGAAAUCUGUGAAGUGCUGAAGGAUGAUGCCCUGGACAGGCGGUGCUCUAGUUUUCCUCCUGCUGGCUGUGGUCGGAACUGCAGUGUCCAGCAGAGAGCUGCAGUGCUCCAUGUGGCCUGUGGGGGCGCUGCAUCCAGUGCGGGCUCAACUGGAGCGCUUCGAGGCGGGACCAGGUUGUGCGGCCAGAGAGGGUGGAGCUAAAGAGACACAUGUGAUUUCUGUGGGCAAAGCCUCCAACAAACAAGUUACGGUAGUGUUAAGACCUUUGACCAUCUCUCUGCCCAUCAACCGGCCGGUGAUUCUGGUGCUGAGCUCCCGGCAUGCCAUGCAUUGGGUGUUGGAAAAUGAAGGACUGUCGCACAACAUCAAUGUGCUGGUGCAGGUGUCUCUCAACUCCUCGGCCGUCUCUUCGAGCUUGUCCAUCCGCGUGACGCAGGUUCCGUCUCUGCCAUGGCGGCCGCGUGUCCUGCUGCGCUGGAUCCUCCAGCGUCACGCCACCGUCUCGUCUCUCACGCACACUGUGCGUGCAAACCGUGUUUACCUCCGUCUGGGAGAAGAUACCAGCAUGCCGAGUGAGUGCCGUCUGCGUUCUCCAUUUCUGUCCCAAAAUUAUCUGGCCUCAGAGCUGCAGGAGCAGGACAUUCAUGGCUGCGUCCCGUCAGACCAGCCUGCGGAGAUGGAGGUCCACAUCAUCCGCCUCUGGUCCUCAGGAUCCAGCCUGUGCGGCUCUCUGCAGGUGGAGGUGUCUGUCUCUCUGCUGCCUCCAGUGGCUUGUUCAGCGUAUCACAGGGUUGUCCUGAUCCUCAGCAGUGCGGUUCCGGUCAACUGGGCUCUGGUGGCUCCAGAGGUCAAAGGCCACGUCAGGGUCUAUUCGUCCAACAGCGUGAGUCCGCCGUACCGAACUCAAUCCCCCAGCCUCAGCAUGACCAGCACUGUGACUUCUGACCUCCUCAGCACCCCCGACCUUCUAGAAUGGGCCAAUCAGAAUGGCUUUCCCAAAGUGACCUCGUACACUGAGGCCGAUCUGGCCAAUCGCUUUGUCGUCAGGCUAAGAGAAGGUGGAAAAGGAGGGUCAGACACAGAACUGAGGUCUUCAGACGGGCGGCAGGAUGACAUCAUGACAGACAGAAGCAGUGAGGCGCUCAGCUGCCACUGUGAGAGCGGAGCUCUUACUGUUACUGUGGACACACAGAUGCUACAGAUUUUUCCAGUGUCGGCAGUGACCCUGCGAGAUCGCAACUGCCACGGUGAAUUUAAUGGAAGCCAUUUCCUGUUGCUUUUCCCGGUCAUUUCCUGUGGGACGGAGGGAGAAAUGGAUGAAGUGAACAGAAGAGUUCAUUACACAAAUACAGUGAUCCUGUGGAAACGGAAACCAUCCGAGGGUUUGAACAAUGAGACAGGCGGGGAGGUGUUGGACGAGACGAGUCUGAUAGCCAUUCAUAUCAGCUGUGCAUCGUCUCUGAUCACUCCUGUGAGUCCAACAGACAUGACUCCAUCCUCCAGGCCUGAGGAGGCGCUGCGCUUCAGUCCCUGGGUGCCGAGAGGCCCCGCCACUCCAACCCUGUCCAUGGAGCUGUUUGUCACUGAGGCCUACGAGAAGAGAGCCGUGGGGCCCUGCGUGAUCACCGCGAACGACCGCGUCUACGUGCAGAUCUCGGUGGGUUCUGGUGUUGCGGAGGCUGUGGAAGUCCAGUCCUGUCUGGUCUCUCCUCUCUCAGAUCCACAUGCUCACAGUGACUGGUCCAUCAUCAGAGACUCCUGCCCAUCUGACCCGUCCUUCAAACUGAGCCACAGAGAAAGCCAGGAAUCCACAGACAGCACAGGACAUGAUGAAGACGAGGAAGAUGAGAAGAUUGAGAGGAAAGAUGACAGAAGACCGUCGCAGCCACUCUCUCGCAGAAGACAGAUGGCGAGCCGCGGUGGAGACGAGAGAGCGAGACGAAAUAAAGACAAGAGACCUCACAGACUCGGAGCAAGGAGACCUGAAGAACGCAGACGGAAGAGACGGGAGGACGAACGCGAGAGCGCAAACACGCUGCAGUUCAGUUUCAUCCUGCGGCCCGUCUUUAAUAACUCCAUCCAGUUCCUGCACUGCCGGUUACGUCUGUGCACGUCAGCUGAGGGGCCCUCUGGGGCCGCCACUCGGAUCUGCACUGACGGGCCUCAGAUACCUGCUCUCACACACACAACUGCUUCUCAACAGUGUGAGUACAGAAAUCUCUCUCGGCCCGUGUUGGUCACGUAUUCUGCUGGGUUUCUGGCUCCCCCUGCUGGUAAACUUUCUCAAAAGCCUGCUGAGAUGUCGAAACAGACUCCUGCACACAGCGAAACAUACGAGAGUCCAGUCUUAGUGGUCGUGUUCUCUGCGUUUCUGAUGGGUUUGUGUCUGAUGGGAGCGCUGUGGUGCAUUUACAGUCACACAGGGAGGCGUGAUAUGACCCAGAGAGAUGGUAUUAGAGACCACGAGACAGGAGAGCGAAACCCGCCGACACUGAUGGAGCAAACCAGCGGCUUCCACGAGGUGGACUAAAGAUAUCCCUGAUAGCACACGUACAUCACGGAGACGUCUAUUUGACGUCUGCAUUUACAUCUGCACGACGUAUUUUUUAGAGAGUUUGCUCAUCUGCAUGUCUAUGACGUUUCCUAUAAGAUGUCAAAUAGAUGCCUAUUAGAAGUCUUUAAGAUGUUUAUGAUUUAGAAUGCAUGUAAAACUGACAUCUUACAGACGUCUGUCAGAUGUUUGUAAGCAGCAGAUGCUUUCCAGAUAAAGUGAUCUUUAACAGACGUCUUGCAGACGUACGUGUGCUGUCUGGAAUACGACCAUCAAAUUCACAACGUGACAGAAACGAUCAAACUUCAUGUGCUUUCAGUCUGAAUUUGUGUACCACUGUUCUGAGGUGCUUUUAACGUAUUUUACUUGCUGCUUUUGUUGUGCUGCUAAAUUUAACAACGUAAAUGAUGUAAAACUAUUAUAGAUUUGUGUAUAAGAUUUGUGCUCCUUUAAUGUUCAGAAAUUUUUUUUUAUUCUAAUAAUAAUAAGUGUUCUUGAAAUGUUGUUUAAUUGGCCAAAUCUAAAUCAUAUGGGUGUGGUUAACACUCAAAUGCUGGAAGGUCUGAGAAAGUACAUGUUAAGGCCCGUACAUAGUUUAAGCCUAUUAAAAUUGUUAAGGUUUAAUUCCUAAUACAAACAGUAAUUCAGUCUACAAUAUACAUUUGUAUUACACGCAUUCAUGUGACCAUUCAAUUUUAUGCGAUGAUGUGGAAGUUUUGUUACUCUCCCAAUUUACCUGAACAUGUUAGAUAAAAUGGGACACUAGCAUUCAGCGGAAGUGGGACACCCUAUCAAUUAAAAGAUAAUACAUUGCUUAAUGUGAGAAAUUGUUUUGUUUUACAGAAAAGAAGACGGG